UGUUGGUCGCUCGUUGCCAGUCAGGUUAAAUAUUUCUUACCGGCAACAACUCUUUCUCCCCAAUCGGAUUCAGUUCUCUACUCGCGUGCCAGACCCGGUUCGAUCUGAUAUACAUACAUACAAACAGUGUGUGUUCGUGUCUGCUUGUGCUUAUCAAAGAUCCCAUUGGGGGUACAUAAACCGGACUACGGUCGAAUAGAUCGCUCAGUGGACCAAAGUGCUAUCUCUUUGCAAGUUGAAAGUGAUCCAGACGUUAGUGCACCAAAAUGUCUCGCAAUCCGGCUGAAAAUCAACUAAAUCUAUACAAGGACAGUCAGAAGGAGAAAAACGUUUCCGUGACCAGCAAUGGAGCCCCGGUAGGCACCAAGACUGCCACCGCAACCGUUGGCGAACGAGGACCAGUAGUACUGCAGGAUGUUCACUUCCUGGACGAGCUGGCUCACUUCGACCGGGAGCGUAUUCCGGAACGUGUUGUGCAUGCGAAGGGUGCCGGAGCAUUCGGUUACUUCGAGGUGACGCACGACAUCACGAAGUACUGCGCUGCUAAAGUAUUCGAGAAAGUCGGCAAGAAAACACCGCUAGCCGUUCGCUUUUCGACCGUCGGAGGAGAAAGCGGUUCAGCCGAUACGGCCCGUGAUCCGCGUGGUUUUGCCGUGAAGUUCUACACCGACGACGGUGUGUGGGAUUUGGUUGGUAACAACACUCCGAUUUUCUUCAUUCGCGAUCCAAUUCUGUUCCCAAGCUUCAUCCACACUCAGAAGCGUAAUCCUGCUACACAUCUCAAGGAUGCGGACAUGUUCUGGGAUUUUAUCACGCUGCGCCCGGAAUCCACCCAUCAAGUCAUGUUCCUCUUUGCCGACCGAGGAAUUCCAGAUGGCUAUCGAUUCAUGAAUGGUUAUGGAUCGCACACUUUCAAACUGAUCAAUGCUGACGGUAAACCGGUGUACUGCAAAUUCCACUUCAAGUGCAACCAAGGUAUCAAAAACCUUGAAGCCAAGCGUGCCGAUGAUUUGGCCGGAGCUGAUCCCGACUACAGCAUUCGUGACUUGUACAAUGCUAUCGCUAAGGGAGACUUCCCAAGCUGGACCCUGAAAAUUCAGGUAAUGACUUUCGAGCAGGCAGAAAAACAUCCCUUCAAUCCGUUCGACGUUACUAAAGUCUGGCCGCAGUCGGAAUUCCCACUCAUGCCGGUAGGUAAAAUGGUUCUGGAUCGCAAUCCGAAGAACUACUUUGCUGAGGUUGAGCAAAUUGCCUUCGCUCCCUCGCAUCUCGUACCUGGUGUCGAACCAUCUCCAGACAAGAUGUUGCAAGGUCGUCUCUUCUCUUAUGCCGAUACUCAUCGUCAUCGUCUUGGAGCAAACUAUAUUCAGCUUCCGGUCAAUUGUCCGUACCGGGUUAAAACUACAAACUAUCAACGUGACGGUCCAAUGAAUGCUACCGACAAUCAAGGUGGAGCUCCGAACUACUAUCCAAACUCAUUCAGCGGUCCUGAGCCAUGUCCCUUCGCACGCAAAUUGCAGAACUCUACCUUCAAAGCUAGCGGAGAUGUACAACGCUAUGAAACCGGAGAUGAUGAUAACUUCUCUCAACCCGCUAUUUUCUACCGCAAGGUGCUGGAUGAAGCCGCUCGGCAGCGUAUGAUCACCAAUAUGGUGAAUCAUAUGAGCAAUGCAUCAACCUUUAUUCAGGAACGUGCAGUUAAGAACUUCACUCAGGUCGAUGCUGACUUUGGCCGCAGACUGACGGAAGGCCUGAAGCUACGUCGUUCGGCCAACUUGUAAGCAUCGUAGCGAUGGUGCUGUUUGCGGAUUCAUUGGUGGAUAUUUACACGUAACAAUCACACGCACAUACAAGCUUAUAUUUUAUCAAAUAUCUUUUUUUAUAUUUUUCAUUACGAACACGAAGGAGAUUUUGGGGUAACUAAUAAUAAAAAAAGGCACGAAGGCUUUGUACAUGUUUAAACAUUAAUGGUAAAGAUCGUAUAUUUCUAUAUGUUAUUUUGGAUGCUAUUCGAUUCCAAUAAAGUUUAACGAUUUCCAA